ACCAACCGUCCCACAAUGCAAAAGCCAUCUGUGACGCCAUUAGACGCGCGCCAGCAGAGCGCCGAGUGGGGAGCGUCGUGGGUCCCGCCGCCUCCCAACCUGCCGUCUCCAUCGCCGCCACCUCCGUGGGGCCCUCCGUGUCUGCUCAGCGAGGUCCGCGGCUCCCGGAGGAGCAGCCGAGCGCGGGGCCCGGUACGGGCGCGGGGUGCGGCCAUGGCGGACGGUGCGGGAGCAGGCGCGGGGGCCCAGGCUACGGGCCCGGCGGCGGGCUCGAGUGGGGCAGGCAGCAGAGUCAACCCUGCUUCGCUGCCUCCAGGAGACCCGCAGCUCAUUGCCCUCAUAGUAGAGCAGCUCAAGAGCCGUGGCCUGUUUGACAGCUUCCGCCGGGACUGCCUGGCCGACGUGGACACCAAGCCAGCUUACCAGAACCUGAGGCAGAAGGUGGAUAAUUUUGUGUCAACACAUCUGGACAAACAGGAGUGGAACCCUGCAAUGAACAAGAACCAGUUGCGAAAUGGCCUGAGGCAGAGUGUGGUUCAGUCAGGCAUGCUGGAAGCAGGAGUGGACAGGAUCAUUUCUCAGGUAGUAGACCCCAAAUUGAACCACAUCUUCAGGCCACAGAUAGAGCGGGCAAUCCAUGAGUUCCUGGCCGCCCAGAAAAAAGAAGCUAUGCCAGCUCCCCCUCCUGAACCUGAAAGCCAGGAUCCUCCAGCACCAUCCCAAGAUGCCUCCUAAGACUAUGCCUGAUAACCUUUGGAAACCGCCAUUUAAUGAAGAAAUGGAUUUCUGUUUCAUAUGAAUAUAACCUUAGUCGACCAAGUCACUACUGAUGUCAGGAUUUGGGCCUUGACUUGGGUGGCAUCCAUGUGGAUGGAAAGCAAGGCUGCUGCAGUGGGACAGUUGUCUGUGCUUGCUCAUGCUUUGUGCCUCCUUUUGACCACCUGUCAAAGGUGUGACCCCGGUAGACACUACAGAGGUUUUAGCACUACAGUGACCUGGGCUGUCCUGAACAAACCUUUAUACUUGAACACGAACGCUGCAUGUGGAUGUUAGCACGUGUGCGCUGCAGUAUGCGGGAGGCAGGCUGGAGGCUAGUGGGUUAGGACAGCCAGCAGCAUCGGGAGCAGCUGUUUGAUGGUGGCUUUGAUGUUGUUGCUACAGUUUGGGGCUGGGGUGUGCAGUGGUCAGCAUCAGUAGCCUUAAUGUGGUUGUGACCUUUCUGUGCUUGGGGAUUUAGCAGUUUCCUUUCCCUUGUCAGAGGUAGCGUUGGAGCCCUGGAGUGAGUGAGGAGGCUGAGACUCGGGUACAAGGAAAGCCCCACAGCCUCUGUCCUGGCAUCUCCCUAGCCACAGGGGCAAGUCACUGUGGUUGUGGUGCUCAGUUCUCGUGUUUGUGUUUUUAGAGAAACAACUGCUAAUAAAUAGCAGACGUUUUGCAAUAAAGUCAUGCAGUGAUCUUUCCUGAAAGCCUCAACAGAACCAUAGCGC